AUGGAGGCCGUGCGGGAGGUGCUGGGCUCGCUGCGCCUGGAGAGGUACGCGGAGACCUUCGAGGAGAUGGGGUGGGACGACCUGGACAUCCACACGCUGGACCCGGAGGCGCUGCGGGACCUUGCGCGAGACGUGGGCAUGAGGCCCGGGCACGCCAGCAAGUUCCUCCGGCACUUUGGCGGCCGGGAGUGCUCGGAGUUCGGCGAUCCGCUCGCCUCCGCCGCCUCCGUGGCGUCCUCGUCGGCCGACCCCCGGCCGGCCUUGCAGCUGCCGAGGUUUGAUGCCAGCAGCGGAGAUGGCCCGUUCCAGGAGGCCUUGCCGCGGCGGUGGGGGCAGGAGAGGCCUUGCCGCGGCAGUGGGGGCAGGAGCGAAGAGGCUCCCACGACUCUGCGAGCUCCGUCGGCACCUCUGCGCAGCCGGACCCCCGGCUGCUCGCCGGCUCCACGGGCAGGCCCGCGGAGCAGGCCGAGGCCGCGGCGCGCGGCGGGCCCGAGGAGGGGGCGCCGGGGAGCGGCGGCGAGGAGCACAGCCCGAGGGCCUCCGACGGGUCCGAGGCCUCCCACCCCAAGACCAUCCGGGAGGACACCCUGGCCUCCCUCGGCUCGGAGGGACGGGGCCCCUGAACCACCUGGACCGGACGGCUCAGGCGACCGUGGUCUCGAUCGAGUCGGGGCCGAGGAACCAAAGGGGCUCGGGGGGCUCCAGGGCCUCCAGCUUCACCCUCAGCGAGGGGCGGCCCCACGCGGACUGCCUGGACGACGACCUCGGGCACCAGGAGACUCGCCAGCGACCCGAUGA